CCGUUCAGCUCAGUGUUAACAAGCAGAACAGGAAGGUUUGUAUCUUCUGCCAAUCGCUCGGUAAGCGAUUACACACGUCUGAAAACAUGGCGAAUUUUGUGGAGGCAACAUCCUCGCAGCAGUUUGAGGACUUGCUAUCAAAGGCUGGCAAGUUCCUUACGGUGGUCCACUUCCAGGCAGCAUGGGCCCCUCAGUGCAGUCAGAUGAACGAUGUGAUGGGAGAGCUGGCCAAGGAGAACAAACACGCCAUGUUUGUCAAGCUGGAGGCAGAAGCAGUGCCAGAGGUAUCAGAGAAAUAUGAGAUCGCCUCAGUCCCGACCUUCCUCUUCUUUAAGGGUGGCCAGAAGAUUGACAGGCUGGACGGCGCUCAUGCCCCAGAGCUGACCAAUAAGGUCCAGAGGCUGUCGGUCAGCUCGGGGGGGCUGGGCGGGCCAGGGGCGGAGCCCCCUAAAGAGGACCUUAAUGAGCGUCUGAAGAGACUGAUCAACGCAGCACCCUGCAUGCUCUUCAUGAAGGGAUCCCCCCAGGAACCCCGCUGUGGUUUCAGCCGUCAGAUAGUGGCGCUUUUCAAGGACCACGCUAUCCAGUUCAGCAGUUUUGACAUCCUGUCAGACGAGGAAGUGAGAGGGGGGCUGAAGACCUUCUCCAACUGGCCCACCUACCCUCAGGUUUACGUUAACGGAGAACUCGUUGGGGGACUGGACAUUGUCAAGGAACUAGCUGAAUCUGGAGAGCUGGAGAAUACCUGUCCCAAGGCUGUCACACUGGAGCACAGGUUGAAGUCGACCAUCAACAGGAGUCCAGUCAUGCUAUUCAUGAAGGGCAAUAAAGAGCAAGCCAAAUGUGGAUUCAGUCGUCAGAUACUGGAGAUAAUGAACAGUGCGGGAGUGGAAUAUAGCACCUUUGAUAUCCUGGAAGAUGAGGAGGUUAGACAGGGGCUGAAGACAUACUCAAACUGGCCAACGUACCCUCAGCUAUACGUCAAGGGGGAACUCAUUGGCGGGCUGGACAUUGUGAAAGAGCUUAAAGACAGUGGAGACCUUUCUUCUGUCCUGAGGGGUGAAUGCUAGAUGCCUUUCUUCUGUUCUGAGGAUGAAUGCUAGAUGCCAGUAGUACUGUUACUGUGAUGGGAAUAAGCUAUGGACUACUGCACUCUUCCUUUCCCUCUCUACCCCCUUCAUUCCCCUCUCUACCCUCUUCUCUUCUCCUCUCUACCCUCUUCUCUUCCCCUCUCUACCCUCUUCUCUUCCUCUCUACCCUUUUCUUCCCCUCUCUACCCUCUUCUCUUCCCCUCUACCAUCUUAGAACUUCCUUAACCUCUCACUUAAAGCCAACAAGGUCACAGUGAAUGCAGUCUGAGGCACGAGGGAUGAAAUAAGUCGUAUAUUAUCCAUCCAUUGAUUUUUCUGAACAUAGCACAGGUGUCCAAAUAAACCCAAUUGAUCAAAGUGCAUUUUGCCACCACCACCAGCUGCAAAUAUAAUAAAGUAAUCCAUGAUGCUA